AUUGUUCCCUAGUCAAAAUCCGCAUAUUCUUGAAAACCCCACCUCCCCUCCUAUAAAUACACCAUUCCCGUUUUCCAGUGAUACGAACCCCCACACACAGAAUCGAUCAGCUCGACGGAAAGAGGGAGAGAGAGAGAUGGGAUUUGUCAACAGUACUGAUAAGUUUUGGGAUGGUACUGUGAUGACGAGGUGCGUGGGGAUGGGGGUAUUGGGGUUGUUCGUGAUUUUGUGGGGAUUGAUGUUCUGGUACUUCUGGAUUGGGCCUACUCGGGCACACCGUAAGCUUCAGAGGAAUGGGUUUGGAGGUCCUCCUCCAUGUUUCCCCCUGGGAAAUAUUCCAGACAUGAUGAACACCAAGAAGAAUAAGAAGAAGAAGAACAGUAAUAUUACUACUCCCUCUGCAUCGACAGAAUAUUCUUCAAUAUUUGGAUCUCCGACCACCAUGAUCUCGCACGAUUUACACUCCACUGUGUUUCCUCAUUUUGCCCGCUGGCAAAAAUCCCACGGGAAGGUGUUCACGUAUUGGCAGGGAACAGAGCCAUUUUUGUACGUGGCAGAGCCAGAGUUCAUAAGGCAGAUGUCAGAAGGAGUGUUGGGGAAGAACUGGGGAAAGCCCGCUCUGUUCAAACGCGAUAGAAAGCCCAUGUUCGGCAAUGGCUUGAACAUGGUUGAAGGCGAUGACUGGGUUCGUCACAGGCAUCUCAUCUCCCCUGCCUUCUCUCCCCACUACUUAAAGGGUAUGGUAAGCUUAAUGGUGGAGUCGACCAUGAAGAUGCUAGACCGGUGGUCUGGCCUCAUCAGCUCGGGGCGGUCGGAAAUAGACGUGGAGAAGGAAAUCCUACGCACGGCGGCGGAGAUCCUCGGAAAGACGAGCUUCGGCAUAAACUACGAGAACGGCCGGGAAGUUUUCGAGAAGCUGAGAGAAAUACAAGCCACCCUCUUCCAGCCCAACCGCUACCUGGGCGUCCCACUGAGCCAGUUCAUCAUGAACCUUAAACAAACCCUGGUAGCUAAGAGGCUGGGCGACGAGAUCGACGGCCUUCUUCUUUCGAUCAUCUCCGCCCGGCGAAAGGCGUCGCCGUCACCAAAGGGCGGCCAGACGGACUUGCUGGGGCAGAUGCUGGCGGCGGAGGGGAAGGCGUUGACGCCACGAGAACUGGUGGACGAGUGCAAGACUCUCUUCUACGGGGGUCACGAGACGUCGGCGAUGACGGUCACGUGGACGUUGCUGCUUCUGGCCAUGCAUCCCCAGUGGCAAUCCCAGCUCAGACAGGAGAUCAGGGAGGUGGUCGGCGACGGAGAGAUUGAUCCCACCAAGCUUAAUUGCCUCAAGAAGAUGGGAUGGGUGAUGAAUGAGACCUUACGCCUAUACUCGUCGGCCCCCAACGCACAAAGGCAAGCAAGAGAAGACAUUCGAGUUAACGACUCGACAAUUCCCAAUGGAACCAACAUAUGGAUUGACCUCGUAGCCAUGCACCACGACCCAACUCUCUGGGGUGAUGCAGUGAACGAGUUUAGACCAGAGAGGUUCGAGGAUGAUUUGCACGGAGGAUGCAAGCACAAGAUGGGGUUUUUGCCCUUUGGGUUUGGAGGGAGAAUGUGUGUCGGUAGGAAUUUGAGCAUAAUGGAGUAUAAGAUUAUGUUAAGUUCAAUUCUCACUAGGUUUUCCUUCUCCCUCUCCCCAACCUACACUCACUCUCCUUCCUACUUGUUGUCUCUCAAACCUGCCUAUGGACUGCCUUUGGUCCUUCAGCCUUUGGAGUCAUAGACUCAUAGUCGCCCAGCUAAAUGUAUCUUAAUGUUGCGUCGUGUUUAGUGGGUACAUUUCUGCAUACAUAAGUUUGCAUCACCACUUUCCCCCAGCCCUUUUAUUGUAAUAUAAAGAUGCAGCAAUAAAUCGAUAUAUAUAGUAGAAUUUUAUUACUUUCGUC